GACCCUCGAGAUGCCCCUCCUCCGACUCGAGCAGAAACUCGGGAGGAGCGCAUGGAGAGGAAGAGACGGGAAAAGAUUGAGCGGCGACAGCAGGAAGUCGAGACAGAGCUAAAAAUGUCCUGUGGGAUCUUAGUUCCCUGACCAGGAAUCGGACUCGCACCCUCUGCAUUGGAAGUGCAAAGUCUUCACCACUGGACUGCCAGGGAAGUUCCCUCUGUGGGGCUUUUUAAAAUACAACUCUGAUUGUACCUUUCUCUGCUGACACCCUUUUGGUGGGGGAGGGCGCACUGCGCGACCUGCAGAAUCCUAGUUCCCUAACCAGGGAUUGAACCCGGGCCCUCGGCAGUGAAAGCGCAGAGUCCUAACCUCUGGACCGCCAGGGAAUUCCCACACAGCCUCCUUUUGCUUUCAGCAAAAAGACCGGAGUCCCUUCCCUGCCCACUGGGGAUGCAUUCUGCCCAUGCUCCCCUCCUGCUCCAGCCAGCACGGGCCUCUUCCUUCCCAGAUGCUCUCCUGUCACCGGGUCUUUGCCUGGGCUCUUCCCUCAGUCUCACAUGAUACUUGGUUUAUAUGGAGCUGCUCUUCGUAUCUCUGUCAGAGUCACUCCUCAAGGAAGCCUUUCGUGACUUCCUUGCUCUGGUCCGAGUCCCCAUGUACAUUGAAAGCCCUGAGUCCUGCUGCAGGUUGGUCACUUCAGUCUGCAGGAAGGAUUCACUGGUGAAUAUCUAUCUUACAUUGGUUCAUAGUUGCUCCAGGAAGGCAGGGUUUGGAUGGAAUUUGCUCACCAUUGUGGCCCCAGCUCCUGUAGGACCUGGCUCACAGAACUGUUGGCAGCAGGGGACCCUCACAAUGAUCCCAAUGCUCAGGGUGAUGCCUUCAAGACUCUCUUUGUGGCUAGAGUGAACUAUGACACGACAGAAUCCAAGCUCCGGAGAGAGUUUGAGGUGUACGGACCCAUCAAAAGAAUACAUAUGGUCUACAGUAAGCGGUCAGGAAAGCCCCGGGGCUAUGCCUUCAUCGAGUACGAACACGAGCGAGACAUGCAUUCCGCUUACAAGCACGCAGACGGCAAGAAGAUUGAUGGCAGGAGAGUCCUUGUGGACGUGGAGAGGGGCCGCACGGUGAAGGGCUGGAGGCCCCGGCGGCUAGGAGGUGGCCUAGGCGGAACCCGGAGAGGUGGCGCUGACGUCAACAUCCGGCACUCCGGCCGGGACGACACCUCCCGCUACGAUGAGAGGCCCGGCCCCUCCCCGCUUCCCCACAGGGACCGGGACCGGGACCGCGAGCGGGAGCGCAGGGAGCGGAGCCGCGAGCGAGACAAGGAGCGAGAACGACGACGCUCCCGCUCUCGGGACCGGCGGCGGCGCUCGCGGAGUCGUGACAAGGAGGAGCGGCGGCGCUCCAGGGAGCGGAGCAAGGACAAGGACCGGGAUCGGAAGCGGCGCAGCAGCCGGAGCCGUGAGCGGGCGCGGCGGGAGCGGGAACGCAAGGAGGAGCUGCGAGGCAGCGGAGGUGGCGGCGACAUGGCAGAGCCCUCCGAGGCCGGCGACGCGCCUCCUGAUGAUGGGCCUCCCGGGGAGCUGGGUCCCGACGGCCCCGAUGGCCCAGAGGAGAAGGGCCGGGAUCGGGAUCGGGAGCGCCGUCGGAGCCACCGGAGCGACCGGGAGCGGCGCCGGGACCGCGAUCGCGAGCGCGAUCGGGAGCACAAGCGAGGGGAGCGGGGUGGUGAACGGGGCAGGGAUGAGGCUCGAGGUGGGGCGGGUGGCGGUGGGCAGGACAACGGGCUGGAGGGCCUGGGCAGCGACGGCCGAGACAUGUACAUGGAGUCCGAGGGAGGUGACGGGUACCUUGCUCCAGAGAACGGGUAUUUGAUGGAGGCUGCGCCAGAGUGAAGAGAGCCUCCCACCAGUUGAUUGGACGUGUUCCUACCCUCCCUGUUGCUGUCAUCCUCUCCCCAAACGUUCUUGGUCACCACUUAAGUUUGCCAGCCAAGGGUAGGAGUCUCCUUAUUUGUUCUGGUGUCUUGGAUUUAAAAAUAAAAUUAAUUUCUUGUUGAUAA